GUUUUAACAGGUAAGACUAUUUUGCUAGACGGACAAUCUAUAUUUACUUGUUUGUAAAGAAUUAAGCGUCUUCGCCUGCUACUAUGCGUGCUGCGCUUUAAGUGAUGCGCAAACGCUUAUGAAUAAUAAUGUAGGCCUAAUUAUUUUUUUAAGGAAGCAAAGCCAGGUGAAUUGAAAUCAAAGCUGUUCCCUGCAGCAGAAUUAGGCUAACAAUGUAAGUCUGAUGAAUUAAACAGAAGGAAUAGAAACUUUUGGGGAUUUGGCUGCGUGGAGUUCCUGCUCGCUGGAAAUCGAAACUUAACCAAAGACUGAACAGACGCACUGCCAGCAUCUGCCACGAUGUCUGUGAGUGAGACUGAAACAAAAAAAAAGGAUCAUGCAGAAGCUUUGGCUUUGGAGCUCACUUGCCCCAUCUGCUUGCAGCUCUUCUCUGAGCCAGUUUCUCUUCCAUGUGGUCACAUCUACUGCUUUGCCUGCCUUCAGACCAUGGGAGAAGGCCUUGACCAACACAGCUGCCCUGAGUGCCAGGCAGAGUAUCAAGGAACCAAAGCCCUUGUGAAAAGCUUCAAAAUGUGUAACAUCAUAGAGACCUACAAAGCCACUGCUGGGAAAGUCAACUCCCCUGCACACCCUUCCGACGUCGGCCAUGUAACAAUCAAGGGUAAUGGUAGCUCUGUUACAGAAGAAUCAAACACAAAAUACCACCAGGGCACAGCGACAGCUGGAGAGAUGCGGGAGGAGAGCUCAGGUUGUAAGGGAAAGAGUGGCUUUCAAAUUGGGUCUGGAUCCACAGAGCAAGUCAGUGGCAAAGCCAAGAUGGAAUUGGAUGAACCUAAAUUCAAAUUGGCAUCUCAAGUCACAGAGUUGAGCCUCAAGUUGGAGCUGGCAGAGAGUGUGCUGAGGAAAGAAAAGGAACAGGAGUUAGAGGUGACCACUGCUAGUAGUCACCUGAGAGAGAAAGCAUCCAAACUUUUAGGGCAGAUAAAAGAUUUGUCGCAGAGUUACAGUGCACAGGUAAUGCAGCUGAUUGAAGAGGAGCUAGGUCCAGGUGAGGCGAGCAUGGGCAGCCGAGUCAGUCAAGCUGCUGAGCUGACUGAGCAGCUGAGACAAGCUGUGCUCAGGUCGGAGUCCCUUCUGACAGAAGAGGAUGAGACUGCGUUCAGUGACGAGCUUCGGACUCUACAACCAUGCAUUGUGGACUUAAUGGCCAAGUCUGUGGGAGAAGAGGAAGAACACAUUGAAUCAAAAGUCAGCCCCGCACGAGCCUGUCUCAAGCUGGAAAACAUGAACGCUGAGCUGAGGGAAAGAUUUGGAGAGAUUCAGCGCUCCCUUCGAAACACCCUCAACCCUUCGGAGGUGACCUUUGACCCAGAAACAGCCCACCCCAACCUCGUCCUUUCCGAGGACUUGAAGACAGUGACUUUCAGCACCGCCAAACAACCCUACCCAUCCUCUCCUCAGAGAUUCACCAGCUUCUUCCAGGUCCUCAGCACCCAGAGCUUCUAUGAAGGUGAUCAUUGCUGGGAGGUGGAGCUCGAAGGUUCUCCGUGGAUCAUUGGUGUGUGUUACAGUGGGAAGCUGGCACGUAGCGGCUUGCCCUCUGCUCUUGAAAGCAGCCGGAGCUCCUGGUGUCUGAUGUGGUUCAACAACAUGCUUACAGCCUUUGAGCAGAGUCACGAUGUGCCGCUGAAGAGGACCACAGUGUCAUGCAGGCUAGAGAUCAGACUGAGUUUCAAGACUCACAGGUUGAGCUUCUACAACAUCAGCCCCAUCAGUGGGAAGACUCAUGUGUACACGUUCAAGGCUAACCUGACUGAACCAGUUCACCUGGCCUACAGGAUGAUGUCAGGGCACCCCAAAGGACGUGUCACUCUUUAUUCAUAAUCAUAACUACGUUUCUUAGCAAAGUGUGCCAUAGUAGAAAGAGCAAAGUAAUAAUAUUUUAAAAAGCUAAUUUGAGACUUGAGCGUUGUAUGAUUAAAUAAUUUAAAGUCUAUAUUUGUGUCUCGAUUGAAGAUACAGACUCUGAUUUCCUCAUUCCUCAGACAACUUGUUCCAAAGAAUUCAGGAAUUCUGUUGGCACUUCCUGAUCACCUUUUGCCCAUUACUUUCGAUGCUUUGUGUGAUAAUAUAUAUAACUAUAAAUAACUACUUCUCAAGUCUACAUAGACAUAAAAAACAUAAAUGUGGCUGAAAUUACAUUGCAGUGUGCCUGAAACAUAUUGCUCACAUAUAGUGCUCAAAAUGAGUCAAUAAAUGUCAUCAUUUUUGUCUGUUUAAACAAAGCAAAAGGAAUAAACAUUGAAAAAUAUUGUGUUUUAUGAUGUUUUUCCAUCUGACAAAUAAACUCAACAAAAUUCCUAGUA